AUGGCUUCCGAGGCAGCGUCCCAAGUCACUGUUGGCGCUCUGAGUGCGAUCUUCGAUGAAACAAAACCCCAAGUGCGGGAGCCGAUUGUUCAAUGCGUCCAGAUCAAGGCAUUGCCAGCUCAGCCGAACCAACCAGAACGCUAUCGGGCUGUCUUCAGUGAUAUCGCAAACUAUGUUCAAACUAUGCUUGCUACUCAAGCCAACUCUGUGGUGACAGAUGGUUCUCUUCGGAAGGGAUCUUUUGUGCGACUUAAGUCAUUCCAAUCGAACUCUGUUAAGGGCAAGAAAAUUCUCAUCAUCUUGGAUCUUGAGGUCUUAAAGGAACUAGGCGAGGCUGACAAGAUUGGCGAGCCCAAAGCACUUGAGGUCAAAGCCGAGGAAGAGGAAGUGAGUCAACCCACAACAAUUUCCAGCAAUGGAUUUUAUGGUUCCAAGAUGGAGGGUGCACAAGUUCAGCCAAAUCGCCGAGCCCAACAAAUGUCCGCCCCUGCGCCUACCUCGGCCCAUGCCACAAUUUACCCCAUUGAGGCUAUUUCCCCAUACUCAAAUAAAUGGACCAUGAAAGCGCGAUGCACAAGCAAGUCCAAUAUCAAAACAUGGCACAACAAAAAUGGCGAGGGCAAACUAUUCAGUGUCAAUUUACUGGAUGACAGCGGUGAAAUUCGGGCGACUGGCUUCAAUGACCAGUGUGACAUGCUCUAUGAACUCUUCCAGGAAGGAAGUGUCUAUUAUAUUUCGAGCCCCUGUCGUGUCCAAAUCGCCAAGAAACAAUUCACGAAUCUCAACAACGAUUAUGAGCUUACAUUUGAGAGAGAUACAAUUGUUGAGAAGGCGGAGGAGCAAAAUGAUGUUCCCCAGAUCCGAUUCAAUUUCACCACCGUUGCCGAUUUGCAGACGGUCGAGAAAGACACAACCACUGAUGUCAUUGGCGUGUUAAAGGAUGUUGGCGAGACAUCUCAGAUAAUCUCAAAAAGCACUGGUAAACCCUACGACAAACGUGAGCUCACACUGGUCGAUAAUACAGGAUUCUCUGUCCGCUUGACAAUCUGGGGUGCAUCUGCCAACAAUUUCAAUGCGCCACCCGAGUCUAUUGUUGCCUUCAAAGGAGUCAAGGUUUCUGACUUCGGUGGAAGAAGUCUGAGUCUUCUGAGCUCGGGCUCAAUGACGGUUGACCCUGACAUAGGCGAGGCUCACCGACUGAGAGGCUGGUAUGAUGCCCAAGGCAGGUCGGAGAACUUCACAUCGCAUGCUUCAUUGUCAAACGCAACCAACUCCACAACUAAAAUGGACCGGUUCAAAACUGUUGCACAAGUCCGUGAAGAACAACUGGGCAUGUCUGAAACACCCGAUUACUUCUCUCUGAAAGCAACCGUCAUCUACAUCAAGCAAGACUCCACUUGGUGCUAUCCUGCUUGUCUUUCUGAGAACUGCAACAAAAAGGUAACAGAACUUGAUCCUGGUCAGUGGCGGUGUGAAUCAUGCGAUAAAACCCACCCUAAGCCAGAGUAUCGUUUCAUCAUGCCUAUCAGUGUCAGUGACCAUACUGGCCAGCUCUGGCUCAGCUGCUUUGAUGACACUGGCAGAAACAUCAUGGGCACAUCCGCUGAUCAAUUGAUGCAACUUCGUGAAGACGACCCAAGUGCUUUUGGUGAAGUUUUCCAGGCAGCCAAUUGCCAGACCUGGAACUUCAGGUGCCGGGCCAAGAUUGACAACUUUGGCGACCAGCAGCGUGUGCGAUAUCAGGUCUCAUCCUCUCAGGCAAUCAAUUACUCGGAAGAAGCCUCGCGCCUUGCCGAUAUUAUCAACUCCUACAACAUUGAGUAG